AAAACUUGGUCCAGUUUAUUUGUUCUUAUGUGCAUGGAUUUAUUAUAGGAUUUUCUUGAUUUUAGCAAGAAUGGGUGUUGAUGAUUCUUGAAGGGGAGCACUGGGUUUUCCAGAUUUAAUUCAGUUUGAGGGUCAUCUCUCUCUCUCUCUCUCUCUGAAAAAACACUUUCAAUUCUCCAUUUUUCUUUCUCUCCUUUUAGCUUUUGCAAAAAACAAGAAAUUGUCUGUUUGGGUGCUGCCAAGGGAGAGAAGGAGCUAAGGCUGUAGAGGUGUUUUGGAGGUUCAAACAAGAAAUUUCUGCCAUUUAUUUUCCCCCCUCUCUCUCUCUCUCUCUUUUUCACUUUGUCCAUUUUCUCAUCACCUACUUGACCUUUUUCUAGGUUUGGGUUUGUCUUCAGAUCUCAGCUUUAGCUUUGGAGGAAGAAGAAGAUGAUGAUGAAAGGUCUGGUAAUUCAGCAGCCACAUUCAGCUUUGGAUCAAGAAAACAUGUCUAAUCUCACUUCUGCCUCUGGUGAAGCUUCUCUUUCUGACACUAAUGGCGGCAUCUAUCCCCAGCAACAACAGGUCUUUGGGUCUCAACCAGUCAAGAAGAAGAGAAACCAACCAGGAAAUCCAGACCCCGAUGCAGAAGUGAUAGCUUUAUCACCCAAGACUCUGAUGGCGACCAACAGAUUUGUGUGCGAAAUCUGCAACAAAGGGUUUCAGCGGGACCAGAACCUGCAACUUCACAGAAGGGGUCACAAUCUGCCAUGGAAGCUGAAGCAGAGAAGCAACAAGGAGGUGAGGAAGAAGGUGUAUGUGUGCCCAGAGCCCAGCUGUGUCCACCAUGAACCAUCCAGGGCCCUGGGUGACCUCACUGGGAUCAAGAAACACUUUUGCAGAAAGCAUGGGGAGAAGAAGUGGAAAUGUGACAAGUGCUCAAAGAGAUAUGCAGUUCAAUCUGACUGGAAAGCUCACUCCAAAACCUGUGGCACAAGAGAAUACAGAUGUGACUGUGGAACCCUUUUCUCCAGGAGAGAUAGUUUUAUAACGCACAGAGCUUUCUGUGAUGCAUUAGCGGAAGAGAGUGCAAGAAGAGUCAUGACUGGGGGGAGUCAAAUUCAUCCCUCUCAGCCCGGUUGUUCAUCGGCGUCCAAUAUAAACUUACAGUUUCCGGCCUUUCAGGCGUUUCCGCCGCCGCAGAUCGGUGGCCAUGGCGACCACUCUCCGUCGCCGGCAUUUCCUUCCGUAAAAAAGGAGCAGCAAAAUUAUAACGGCGGCGGGUUCAAUCUGAGGCCGGAAAUUCCGCCGUGGCUGAUCACGUGUCAGCCGUUGGUGGGGGCCACACACGGACCUCCGCCGCCGCUGUUCCAUCCCGGCGGGUUGGAAUUCCACCAUGAAUUCACGCAGAUGGCGCAGAACCCAAACCCUAAUCUCGGGGGUGGGCCCACGCUACCGCCUUUCCAUCAAACGGCGUCGUCUCCGCAAAUCUCUGCCACUGCAUUGCUGCAGAAAGCCGCUCAGAUGGGCGCCACCGGCAUUGGCAGCGGCACGGCCAGUUCAGUGGCCCCACCCAUGCUGAUGAUCGGGGCCCACACCGCUCACGUGUCUGCCGAUCAAGCCAAUAAUUUGUCGUCACGUGACACUGCUAGGGACGACGUUAUCAGUGAUAAUAAUGGAUUGCCGAUUAAAUCUUCCUCCGCCGCUGCACCGCCGUCUCACGGCGGCGCUUUUCUCCACGACAUCACCGCCGCCGCCACCUCGUUCUCGUCCUCCACCACCGAUCCUCACGGCUUCGACGCCUCCAGCUUCGAAGACCCCUUCGGCGGCAUUGGCGGCGCAAACGACGAUAUGACGAAGGAUUUCCUGGGAUUAAGGCCUCUCUCUCACUCCGACAUUUUCAACAUUACUUCUCUCGUGGAUAACCCUGCCAGUGAUCAUCACCAUCACCAUCAUCAUCAUCAACCUCAAGUUCAAAAGGCUUGGCCUAGCUAAACCCGAAACCCUAGCUAGUUUAAUUUCAUUUCAGUUACUCGUAGACAAUAGGGCAUUUCAAAGUUAAUGACCUAUCUAUUCUUAAUUAAAUUGUGUAAUCUUUGCAUAAUAAAGAAUUCAAAUGCUUCAAGGGAAACCCCAAACCCUAACCCUCUUAAAUUUAAAAAAAAAAAAUUGGUC